AUGGAGACCAACCGAAGUGGACCAAGCUCAGGUCUGAAGAAUGAUGUGGAUGAGGCCUUGGUCAAUAUGGUCAUUGAGGAUUCCCAGCCCUUCACUAUUGUGGAGGACAAAGGGUUCAGGAAGCUUGUUCAAGCUUUCAACCCUACCUAUGUUCUCCCCACUAGGCAGGAGAAGCUGACACAGGUGCAGGAGCAAAUGGGCCGGCCAGUACUGAAGCUCAUUCAAGAGGUGGAUACACGCUGGAACAGCACAUAUCAUAUGCUCCAGCGUGUUUAUGACCUCAGGGAACCUGUAGGAGCAGCUUUGGCCGGCCUACACACUGAUGUUGCCACCCUAUCAUCCGAACAGUAUGCCAUUAUUGCAGCAUGUCUGCAAGUGCUGGCCCCAUUUCAUGCUGCCACGGUGGAGCUGUCAGAGGAGAAGAGAGUGUCUGGAUCCAAGGUCAUUCCACUUUUAUCCAUGCUACACCACUCACUGGAGGAGGAGGAAAUGGGAAUUGUGAAGACUCCAGAGAGCACAGAAAUGGCUGAGAGUCUGAGGAAACAAUUAAAGGAGAAGCUGCAAACUCUACAAUCUAUGAGCAUAAUGUCACUGGCAACUCUGCUUGAUCCAAGAUUCAAAAAGAUAGGCUUUUUUAAUCCUAACAAGGCAGCAGAUGCCGUGACAAGGCUCACUAACGAAUGUGUUUUGGUUAUGGGAAAAAGCGCCGCCGCCUCCUCCUCCUCCUCCUCCUCCUCAUCAUCAUCAUCAUCACAACCGCAGUCAUCAGAAGCUACUCAGCCUGUGACUCAGGGUUGCAAACUGUGGCAGCGGUUAGACACCAAAGUCCUGCAGACGAGGACACAAAAUGUCACAACGGAUGCAGCAGUAGAGGUCCAGCAGUACCUAGCAGAACCAAAUAUUGGAAGGGUGGAGAAUCCCCUGGAGUAUUGGGGGAAAAAAAAGAAUUUAUUUCCGAACUUGUACAAACUAGCCGUUGCUUUGCUUUGUACUCCAGCUUCAUCUGUGCCCUGUGAAAGGAUAUUUUCUAAAGCAGGUGAAAUUAUUUAUAAAAAAAGAAACCGCCUGAAGCCCAUCCAGCAGGCGUCACUGUUGGCUCUGAUCUCGGUGUCUCUGUUUCCUGCCGCUGGAUCACUUUGUCCGCUCCGAGACUCAAAGUGCUCAAAGAGGAGGAAGAUGUCCGACGUGCAGCUGCUGCGGGUGUCGGUACAUGAGCGGAUCAGCGCCGCCGCCGAAGACUUUCUACUGCAGCUGGAGAAAGGAGGAGAAACGGCUCGAGUCCCGGCGCUGAGAGCGAUGCUAACCGAGCGGCUAACGGCUGCGGGGGAAGAGAUCGUCGCGGUGUUCGAAGACAAAAUGGAGCGGUCCGAGCGGGAGAUCUGCUCUCUGAGGAGGCUGCUGGAGGCCGUGAUGAAGCCCGAACUCCGGCUGCACCGAGUUGUUUGUCCUGCAGACGUACAGCCGCUGAUGGUGAAUAAAGAAGAGGUUCCCCCUGAGCAGCAGCAGUGGAGCCCCCUUGUGGACCAGGAGGACCCAGAGCCCCCCCACAUUAAAGAGCAACAGGAGGAACAGUGGACCAACCAGGAGGGAGAGCAGCUUCAACAACUUGAGCAGGCCGAUAUCAAGUUCCCAUGGACUGCUGUCACUAUGAAGAGUGAAGAAGAUGAAGAGAAACCUGACUUGUCACAGCUUCAUCAGAGUCAGACUGAGGAGAGCAGAGCGGACUGUGGAGAACAAGAACCAGCCAGGAACUCAGGUCCUGAUGGACAUUUACAACAAGGUACUGAAGACAAGACUGAAGAUUCUUCUGAGACUGAAGACAGUGAAGAUGAUUGGAUGCAGACCAGGGAACCUCAGUCUGGUUCAAAUACAAAAAAUAACAAACAGCCUUUCAGUGAUAUGAAAAGUAAAACCGGUAAGAAAGCAUUUGGUUGUUCAGAGUGUGGUAAAAGAUUUCUUCUAAAGGAUGAGCUAACUGUACAUCUGAGGAUUCAUACAGGAGAGAAACCAUCUAGUUGUUCCUAGUGUGGUAAAAUAUUUAUAAAAAUGGGUAAUAUAACUUUAUAUGAGUAGUAAUAUAGGAGUGAAUGAAUUUAAUUGCUGUGUGGUUAAAGAUUUAAGUUGCAUCGUUUACAACAAAAAACUUGUUAGGAUUUGUCAGCAACUUUUCAUAUUAUCUAUAUUCAUAGUUCACUUUUGUAAAUAGAGAAUUUAUAAUUCCCCCUUUCACCUGUUUUAGAAAAAAUAACUCAUUGAAUAACAUGAAUGAUUUGUGUUGAUAUUCCUAUUUCUUUGAUUUAUACCAUAUAUAUUACAUACCCAUAUAUACUUAAUGUAUUUUUCAUGAUGUCCUCUGUGUCUGUUAAAAAUUUGCUCUAAAUUAACAGCUGAAUAUACAUCAGAGGAGUCAUACAGGAGAGAAACUGUUAAAUUGCUCCUAAUGUGGUAAAAGACAUAAACUAAUGGGCAAUCUAUCUGUGUAUACGAUUAGUCAUACAGCAGAUCAUUAUUUUACUUGCUCUGUGUGGAAAAAGAUUUCACUGUUGGUACAAUUUUUAAAGAGAGGAGGAUUCAUACAGGAGAAAAAUUAAUCGUUUGGGACAAAAUAUUUAAAUCUAUCAGCAGCUAUCGAUAUUAUCCAUAUUCAUUUUUCACUGUUGUAAAAAGAGAAUUAAGAAUUCCUCCAUCUGUUUUAGCAGAGUUAAACAAUUUUUAUGUUCCAACAAAAUACAAGUCAUUGAAUAACAUGAAA